ACUGCACCCAGCUUAACACACUUGUCUGACCCUGGAAAAAAUGCACGUUCAAAAAUAAAGCACACAAUUUUUUAAGUCAUACAUAAUCUGCGUUUCUUAACGCGUAGAAAUGUCGAAAGAAAGUACCACCACCCCCAAAAAAAUUGGGCUUCACAAAGAAGCCAAAACCAAAAUGACGUCCUCCUCCACGUCCCUAAACCGUAGUCGCCAAUCGGGUGGAACGGAUUCAAUGGAAUAUUCCGGCAUCGUCCUCCCCACUCUGGAAGACGGAGCUGGUCCUGUUGCCCUGGGAGAUUUGUGGAAUUGCAGAACUAAUACUGUCGAAGGGAACCUAUUUGCCACCAGAUUGGGUGCAAAUUAUUUGCAGGCUGACCCCAUCCAAACGUUGGACUACUCCUUCCGCAGCGUCAAAACCACCCGUGAUACCACCAAUGUCAUGAAGAUAUCGGCCGCUCUAAGCGUCGAUUUUGCCGAUGAAAAAACCACCGUCAAGGUGGCCGGUUCUGGAGCCUAUGCCAAGUCAGAAACUCGCAACUUCAGGCAGGAAAACAUUGUCGUGUCGUAUGACACCUUGACCUACCAGGUCAGGGUGCGACCCUCCGCUGCCCUGGUUGUCGCUCCACAAGUCAAAGCACUCCUCCAGCCUGGACCAAAUGGCGAAGACCCCAAAAUCGUCGCAACGCACUUCGUACAAGCCGUCCUCGUCGGCGGAAAGGCUACCGGAUCCAUCGCAUACAUGGAAAAUGUGUCAGAUUCCAACAUGUCCAUCAAAGGAUCGUUCAGCCUGACCGUCAAACAUGGGGGUAUUAACGUCGAGGCUAAAGCCGAAUUCGAAAAACUGGACAAAGAAGCAGCCUCCAACUACUCCACCACAGUCGACGUCCAGGCACAACCUCGGUUUACCAAAAGUCCAACGACAUGUGCAGAAAUGUUUAAGCAAGUUGAAGAACUCGACACUUUGGUUAAUCAAGAGCGCCAUUUCCCAGAAUUGGACAAAAAGGAUCCAGAUAAUCCCGACUUUGUAAUGCGCGUCGUUGGCGUCCCCGUCCGCUUCAAACUAGUCCCAAUUUCCCAUAUUCUUGCUGAUCACGACGUUGACCCAAUCUACAAAUUAUUGGACCAAGAUAUUCUCGACAGUUUUCAGACCAUGGUUUUCAACCUUCGCGACUUCUCCAGCCUCGAACACGUAAAAAUGCUAUUGGCGGAAAUGGAACCCAAAAUAAUUCCAAUUUUGAUGGAUGAUUUCAACCCGUUGACCGUCGAAAUUCGUGCAUACUCCACGGCAAAGGCAGACCUCGCUGUGGAGCUGAAACGAGAAGCGGCAAAGAUCUAUAUCGAAUAUAAAGUUUCUAACGGCGACACAACCGACCUCACCGAGAUGGUGAAACGAUACGACAGCGAGUUCAGACCGUGGGAAGUAGUCAACGACAUACUUCAAUUUAAGGAGGAUGCCAAAAAGCAACUUGCCGGUAUUCGUGCCUCAGAUGUAGAAGGAAUCGUUGAUGAGGAUGGGAACCCCUCGAUUCGGUUCUUCUCAAACGCAACUGACCUUGCAGAUUGGUACAAUACGGAGCGAACGAUCAAGAUCCUGCUCAAGACGGACUUCAAGGAAACAUCGCCAACCGGCGUGUUUAUAAAGUUGUACGACAUGAGCCCCACCCUAGCAAAGUAUGGGAUUGAGGUGGGUGUAGCGUUCCCAAAUAUUUCAGAAGGUCAGUUCACUCUGACCUACAAGACGCAAAAGGAGACCACGAUAUACACAGCGAAGGAAAUCCGCUUCGUCCUCGAAGUCCUCGCAGUAUCUGUGGACGAGGGGGAAACUAUUGCGAAAAUUUUCUAUUCCAUAAAUGCCGCCUUGUACGGUCUCAACUUACCCAUGGUCGAAUAUUUGUUUGACGUUCCAAACUUGGUCAAGGUGAUGAAAGGCUUUAACGGGACGGUUAUCUGUGAAACGUACUGCGAACUUCUGGCCAAUCUAACGGAAACAUUGGACACUUGGAACCUCGUCGUCCCCAUCCAAGCUCUCAACACGGGUGUCGAAAUGAUGCGGUUCUUCCGCCAACUUCGAGUCUACAUUCCCCAGAGGUUUCCCAAUUUGAAGCAUCGUUUCCUAGUCUCAAGAUUUAACAACGUUUCCGACAAGUUCUACUCCCCUUUGUUGCUCAUCUUCCUCGAUAACGUUUUCCAAGCCGUGUGCAUCGACCAUAUCGAGAUCCUCAUCAUGAUGGAACAGUUCGCCAAGCCGGAACCAGAUUGGAGUUUAAUUUCCUUUGGAGAAAUCAGAAAGUCACAGCUUUACCCGCCACGUGCCGAUUGGGCGAUCAGCGUUAUACAAAACCUCAUCCUGGAUCAUCAAACUUUCAACUCGGAUCCAAUCUUUGACUUGCCUGAAUUCCCGAAUAACGACGACGCCUUCCUAUAUUCAGCUAUUCAAGUAGCGCGCGCAUCAGCCAUGCGUGAAGAACCGCAGGUGCUGACAACGGUGGCGCACUUGGCACUAGCCGACCCUGCGCUUACCGAUGCACUGGAAGCCUUACUUUCUCAACACGGCUGGAAGGACAACCAAUUUUCCCCCACGACUUGGAAGGACAUCGAGUGGUCCAAGUUUUACCAAGACAUUCGAAACUUUCUCUCUAAUCAGGCCCCCGCUUUGAUGAAGGUUGUCCUUGCGUUGGACGAGCUACGCAAAAUACCAGAAUAUCCCCCACAAGCCGAUCCUCCCCCAGAUCCACCGGUAGAGUGGAAUGAGAUAGCGCUCGGUGCAAAAAUAAACGCCAUCAUCAAAUUCAUCCUUGACGAACCUGCUGAACGAGGAUAUGCCAGAAUUUACAAAUGGCGUGGCGUCAUCAUCAACGAGGACGACCUGUACGAUGCCCUUCGUGCGGAAGUCAUCGCCUAUAACGGAAUGCCCGGCAGGGUUAGAAUCAUCGGAAUUGGGAAACUCUUUGAAGCCUUUAUCGCCGAAAAGACCAAGGAGCCCGCCGUUUUCCACGUCUUCAACAUGACUUACUUGGUCGAAGGGAUGCAAGAUCCUCAAUUCAAGAGUUUGAAACACGUCCUGCUCCCAAUGUGCAAACGAUACUGCGACCGCGUCACUAUCAGCGACGAAUAUCCCCGAGGUGCACGUCGUCUUCAAGACUCUCUCACGGAGCGACAACUCUUCAAGACACUCGGCGUUCUCAGUGAAGUCAGAUACGACCCCAAGUUGUACCUCAUGCAUCAAGAGUUCUUCAACUUUUCCACCCUUCCCGCCCCCACCAACAUCAAGAGCAUCAUCGAGAAGAUGACCGGCUACGAGUUUGACGACGAUCAGCUGGAAACGGUUUGGACCAAUCCCAAGUUUCUUUACGCCCUGCGCCAAGUCAUCAGCAAUGAAGGUGUAGUUGACGGUUUGUAUGUGCACGUUUAUGUCUGGAAUCAAAGACAGGAGGAAAAAUUAAGAGCAGAACAGGAGGAGAAUGCCGACCUCCUUGGAGAAAACGCCGAAAUUAAUGAUGAUGGCGAACUCAUAGAAGAGAAAGCUGUUGGUGACGAUGGUGAUCUUAAAUUCCCAGCAUGGAUCCCACCAGACGUCGUGGAAGUCGUCAAGGCCCUGAUAACCCUUCGAACUCGGCCCAAUUACGAGUACCCAAAAGAGUGGGUGGACGUUGUCACUAUGAUUGAAGCCUUCCAAAUCAUCUUCAUCCGACAAGCAAUGCCCAUCGACUUUGCGGAAGUGUUGCGAAAUAAUGUUGACAACGUUGGGGUAAUCAGAGACGCAUUGGAGGAAGAGAAAAUUCUUUUCUACUGGAAUCCAGUCGACCGUUUGUUCGACCUGCCGUGGACACUUGACACCGUUACGAGAGCUCUGAACGUCCUCAAGGUCAAAUACCCAGAUAAGAACGAAGAGACUUUUGAUAAACAACUCGUUCCCGUUACCAUAAGUCCGACCCCGGCCAAGAAAGUUGAACCCGAACCAGAAAGCAUCACUGUGAACUACAUGUGGAAACCCCUUGUUCGCGGAGGAAAACUAAAUUUCCUUCGAUCCAAGUCCUACCUCGAAGUGGAAAAUCUGCACAAAACGGCUCGAACGGAGUACGACGAGCUUGAAAAGGCCGCCACCACCACGUUGCGAUAUCUCGUCCAGCAAAUCAGAACCAACAGCAGCCCAACCUUAUCUGCGGCCUUCUUCGAGCAUUACAUUCACUACCCACCAAGUGGACCACGACCUGGCGUUAUCGAUUUUGGUGACGGAGUUCCAACCCGAUCGUUAGGAAUGCUCCUGUCCAGAGGUGACUUGCAAACGGCUCUCUUCCAACUUACCGACCCUGUCGUGACACAUCUUGCGUUAAUGUCAAUGUCAAAAACGCCCAUCCCACUCCCUUAUCUUGUCACAUCUAUCGCCCAACUCCCAGGUCCCAGGGAGGGAGGAAUUGUCAUCCCCACACCCACGAAAGCCACCCUGCUUCACCCCGCACUUCAAGACAUUAUUGUCCCCGAAAUGGAAGCACUUGUCCCGCAACCUCGCCUCUUCCGCGAUCCGUACCGAUUCGUGCUUACCCUCCGCGUUGGGGACACUACUCCUGAUCCGGGACGGAGUUCCCUGAUUAAUUCCUAUCUGAUGAAGGACCCGACAUACUUCUCGUCAAAACUUGACCCAGGCUCGGAACAUGGACGUCCUUUGAACCGAAAUGGCUUUUUAGAAUUCAGCUGGCUCUCCGAAACUACGUGUGAUCCAGUGUUUUGGGAACAUUUUGUGAAGGCAGAGUACAACGGACAGCGGAAAGAGGUCAUCCUGCUCGGUCUACUUCACGGGGACGCGCUUUCGCUCUCCUCCCUCAUCGAAGUUGUUCGACCACACGUCUCGUGCUUCGUCGUCUUUUGGAAAGCGUCGAAUUUCAAUGACCUCCGAGCAAGGAAGAAGGUUCUGUCCGGUGUUCUAGGAAAAAGCAAGGUUCUUGACGUCGUCAUGUAUCCGGACAGCACCAUCAAGGACAGGGUGCACGAACAGAACCUAAUCUUCAGACGAGAUGGAGAGUCGCAAGAUAUCCGAAACAAGUUUAAUCUGUCACACAUUUUCCUGGAUGGAAUGUCUUACACGGUAAAAACAGACGUGGAAGAUGGCGAAGGUUACGAUCCUAUCCCAGCGGCGGGAGGUUCUUUCCUGUCUUCGAUCGCAUCUGGGCUGGGAACGCCGAAAGGGUCAAAACCGCUGAGCACCACGGCACCCAUCACCGUGACUCCAGUGACGCCUGUCUCUACGCCAGAAUCCAUCGAACUGAUCACCUUCAUUGAAAGGUCGAGCAUUGGAAAUAUUCAAGACGCCUUGGCCAACCCAGGUGGAGAAAGUUUCAAACUUGUGGCCUUUUUGGUACAGAAAUUUGCCGCUCUGCUCAACUUACCCCAACCACAAAGAAAUAUGUCCUUGACCCACCUCACGUGGGAAUUGGACUUUCUCUCUCGUACUUCCAGUGCGGAAUGGGUGGAGAGGAUUUACAAGUUGCGGGCUCAGAUUGAAGAAAAGUUUUUCACUGCGAAAGGUCACCCACCAGACGCCAUCUGGGUGUUAGAAACACAACAGGAGAUGAGAAUGGCAAUGGCGCAAUUACGACGAAAUUCCAUGUCGAUGCAGGACAUCUGGCGGGCGACGUGGAACUGGACUGAGCCCGGGCGAGAAUCCCUCCUUUCCGUGCAAACUGACUACGUCAACAGUGGACAUCCCCUCGAAUUAUUUCACCCGACUUACUCUCCCGCCACCAUGUGGAUGCAUGGUGUCGACGAUGUGAUCAAGUCGAUCCCCGAGGCUACCAGAAUCUUCGUCAUUUCCGCAUUUGGUCUAAAAUCAUCUGGAAAAUCCACCCUGCUCAACUCCCUCUUUGGAGCGGGAUUCACCGAACAUGGGACAACUUUUGGUAUUCAGUUCCGCCUCUUGUGGCUCAACGAGGAACUAAAGGCAAGCACGGAUUGUGACGCUUUCCUCAUUCUUGAUUCUGAAGGGGUCGGCGGAGCUGAGAACAAAAUCGACGUGGGGGCGGAUACUCUGGAAAGAAAAAUUAUCACUUUCCUCCUCGGCAUAAGUUCCGUCACUUUGGCAACUAUUAUCGGCCCCACGAUGAACGAGCUUAAAGAAAUUCUUGAAGUAAGCUUUACCGCCUUGGGGAAAGUGAACACAUUGCCCCUGACACCCGAUGUCUACAUGGUCCAGCAAUUCUUGCCCGGUCAACCAUCCGCCGGUCCUGCACCAGCCGAAUUCAAUUCCGCACUGUCAUCUGCGGUCCAAGUUACAACGGAUCUUCAACUCCAGACCGGUCUGCGAGUCACUGAAGCCCAUCGCCUAAAACAAAUCAAGAGUCGCAACAAACAUGCCGAAGUGGUCCAUCCGAUCCGAUCCCGCGGUUCGGAAAUCCACCAAGAAGGCGCUGCCUAUCUCGACUAUCACUCCGACGUUGAGCAGCUUUACAGUAAAAUCAUACACAUUGCUGCAACCACGCGAGGAGCGCGUCUCACCCUGGGCAACUGGUUCCAAUCGACGAUCGCCCUCUGGGGAGAAAUCUACCCAGUCGGCGUCCCCUUCGAUCGUCCAUCCGCGAUUGGACUUCGGGAGAACGCCGCCUUCGAAGAAAGAGUCACUGACGUCAAACGAGCCAUCGACGGAGCAUUUUUUUACCAUGAGAAAAAAGCUGAAGCCCAAUUUAACGAUGGACUGGACAAACUCUUCUCAGAGUAUGUGACCGGUUUCGACGGUGACCUGGAGAGACGCUUAUCCGCCUUGACCAAAGCCCUCCAACCCGUCAUCAACACUUGUGAGGACGCCCUUGACCCACCAAGCGAGGGAGGUCGGCGAAAGAGGAAACUAAAAAUGGCAAUGGCAGCUGAACCUAAUCCAAAUUCUUGCAUAGCCUGUGCAAACGCCUUCAAGGUGAGGGAAGCUCUGCUCGCCGAGGUGCUUAAACAGCCACGUGGAUUCCUCGUGGAUGAGGAAAUUACUCGUUACACGAACCUGGUGCGAGACUCCAUUUAUGAACGCAUUCGACAAGGAGUGAUUGCCCGCCAAAUUGCGGAACGUCAAAGUGACUUUUCCGGCGACUUGUUCUUGGCUCUGGAAGCGAUUCGUGAAGAAUUUAGUGACCUAGGAACCCAAUGGACCAAGUUCCUCCAGUACGUCUCCACUCUUCAAUUUGUCACCCCGGCGAGACACCGGUUCCACGCUGAGUUGCAACAAGUCUACAAAAACCUGGGGCACAUUGCAUCCCGACAUUUACCCGAUGGCAAUAAAGGAAAACCUGACCACCUGCUUCCCGAUUUAAGGAGGAUGAUCGCCUUUGAUGUGCAGAUUUAUAAUUCCGCCCUCGAAUCCGCCCUAAAUGCAAGAAAACCAGAGAAACUUACGUGGCAGCAGCAUGACUGGUUGGUGGCUAGAUUGCGGGAUAUUCCGAAGCAGAUGAAGGCCGACUAUGAGGCUGUCCUGUAUCGGGUCGGGAUGGUGAGGGACUUGCAGGUCCGGAUUCAUAAGACGAUCCAACUUUUCGAGGAGUUUUGUGGGGAGGGGCUACUACCAAAUUUCAAGUGGGAGGUCCACUUUUAUGCCAUCCAGCUUUUUAGUAAGUACUUUGAUGAACAGCAGAGCAAGUGGGAUUUGGACGUUAGGCGAGAUGAUGAUGGGGCCAUCACGCGGUUGGAAGGGGGCAACCCUCUCAAGGUUUUGAGAUUGAUGGAGGAGCACUUAACUGACGAAGGGUUCUUUAAAGACGCCAAUUUACCACCGGCGAAAAGCAAUGGUCAAGGAGUGUACAGCCGGACGGUGGGGCGUUGGUGAAAGCUGUGGGACUACUUGGACAAUAAAUACGUUCACAUUCAUCAAUCUUUUUUCUGAAACGAUCACGAAAUAAAAAAAAUAUGUACACAAAUAUAUUAUGGAAAUUUGAAAUUAACAUGAUGUAAAUAAAUAAAGUUAUAUUGCAUUCAUUCCUAAAAUA